AUGCGGCCUGCCUGGACCCAGGUUCUCCUGGCUGGUGGUCUCUGCCUGCCUCUGCUCUGGUUAGUCUUGUCCCAGGUCUGCUGCUCCCGUGCCCUACCAGCAUGGCGCUUCACUUCGUCUGAAAUCGUGAUCCCCAAGAAGGUGUCCCACAAGGUGAGCGGAGCUGGCGUACAAGACCAGCUCUCCUACAAGAUUCACUUCAGGGGCCGCAGACAUGUGGUUCACAUGAAGGUCAAGAAGAACUUGCUGCCCAGGAACUUCCCUGUUAUCACGGAUAACGACCAAGGUGCCCUGCAGGAGGACCACCCCUUUGUCCCUCGAAACUGUUACUACUACAGCUACCUGGAAGGGGUGCCUGGGUCUAUGGGCACACUGGACACUUGCUACGGGGGUCUGCGUGGCAUGCUGCAGGUAGAUGACUUCACUUACGAAAUCAAACCACUGGAGGCUUCUUCCAAAUUUGAGCAUAUGAUUUCUCUGCUUGUGUCAGAACGAUCCUCAGAGACUGAGAGGUGUGAGGUGGAAGCGGACGAUGCAAACCUGGCAUAUGAAGAGGAGAUGGCUGCUGAAACUCCUAGAGCAGGGCCUGUAUACUUGUGGUGGCCACAUUUGAAACGGUUAAAACUUCACUACACCAUUUCCCGCUCUUUAACUCUUCUAAACAAGAAUCGGACACGUAUAAUAGAGAAUGUAGUGAUUAUAAACAAUAUACUGCAUUCCAUUUAUAUACAAAGUCGGAUAGCUGUCCUGAUACGUAUGCUGUGUAUAUGGGAAACUGCUGAUAGUUUCAAUUUGAAUCAGUGGAAGGAUGCGUCACAUGCUGUAUCGAAUUUUGGUUUGUGGAAAUACCAUGGGUGGUUUUCGCUGUUUUCUCAUGAUACUUCAUUGCUGCUUACGGGACAUAAACUCGGUCAUGCCACCUAUUAUUCUAACCAUGACGGACUGUGCAACCCCAACUGGGGAGUAGCAUAUGUGUAUGUAGCAGAGUAUCACAUAUUUUUAGCUGCCACUGUUUCAGCACACUCAUUAGGUCAUAACUUCGGCCUUCGACAUGACUUGCCUGGCUGUCACUGUUUUCGAAGACAGAACUGCGUGAUGGCGCCUGUGCCCGGUCUUCUAGAUAUGAUGAGCAAUUGUUCUUAUGAGGUUCUGCAUCGACGGGCUUACUCGUGGGAUCCUUGUUUGAGUGUGGUAAAUGUGCCGUACAAUAAUUUUCCUUAUGUAGCUCCUCGUUGUGGUGACAAGAUCAUAAAUCAGAGAGAGGAGUGUGACUGUGGCUCCUUUAAGGAAUGCGUUAAAGAUAAAUGUUGUGAGACCCAUUGUGCUCUCUCCAUUGGCAGUGAUUGCAAUGAAGGACUUUGCUGCGUCAAAUGUAAAUUUGCUCAGCCUGGAUGGGUUUGCAGACAGGUGGGAGGUAUUUGUGAUCUCCCGGAAUACUGCGAUGGGAGAACGAAUAUCUGUCCCGAUGACUCUUAUAUACAGGACGGAACCCCGUGUUCACCAUUAGCCGUUUGUCGGGUAGGAAACUGUACUGACCGUGAUAUGCAGUGUCAAGCUCUUUUCGGCCCCCAAGCAAAAGACGGGUCACCAGCAUGCUAUCAAAAAUUGAAUGUAAUAGGUGACCGAUUUGGCAACUGCGGGGUGGCAGUCCAUCGAGGAGGAGGAGCACCUUAUAGAUGUGAACCAGAAAAUGUAAUGUGUGGAUUGCUGCACUGUAGUGACGUUGAACAAAUUCCUGGUGGAGGUGAACACACUACAUUUCGUGAUAUAAUUCUAAAAGACGUUCAAGAGGAAAGAUGCUUUGGAUUUGAUGCGCACUACGGAACGGAAGUGCCAGAAUUCGGGCUUGUAGUGGAUGGUGCCACAUGCGGGCCAGGAAAAUACUGUCGUACCCAGAACUGUACUUACUACCAAAAAUUUAAUUUUACCUGUAACCUCAGUCAAUGCAAUUUCAGAGGAGUGUGCAACAAUAUGGGAACAUGUCACUGUCAGCAAGGCUGGAAACCACCAGCAUGCGAUAAGAUAGGGAUAGGUGGUAGUAUAAAUAGUGGCCCUCCACCUGACAGACAUGCAGCUGUUCGGGGCAAAAUAAUACCUAGUGUAAACAAGGCACUAGUUCUCCUGUUUCUGCGUUCCAUUUUAUUAGUGCUCUCCUUGUUUGCUGGAGUCUUUUCAUACGUGCACAUCAUUAUAAACGUGGGUACAGAGGAAGACGAUGAUGAAACAUAAUCACUUUAUCCCAAGUAAAUACUAACUGGAAAGUACAAAAUGGAUAAAAUCACA